CGUCAACCUACGAAUUCCGCUUCCCGUUAGCCCGUCAAGCUGCAAUAUCCAAGCCUUGACAUUGCAAAGAUGGAGGCUGUUAUGCUUUAGACCAGGAUACAUAAAAAGCACGGACUGCGGGUUUCGGAGCUCUGUUAUGACAACAUUUCCAGCUGGCCCAGGUGGAGGCAGGUGGUGUGAGUAGAGUGCAGUAGACGACAUCAGCAUGUACUCCGAGUGGCGCUCCCUGCAGCUGGUGGUGCAGAGUGACCAGGGCCACCUCAGUGUUUUGCACACCUACCCCAACACUGUGGGGACUGAGGUGGCAAAUGCUGUGGUCAAGCCACUAGGCACAGCUGUAAGCCCUGUCGCCACUGAGAACAUCCUCAAAACGGAUAAAGAGGUGAAGUGGACCAUGGAGGUGCUGUGUUAUGGCCUGACCCUCCCCCUAGAGGGGGACACGGUUAACACGGCCAAGCUAUGUGUGGAUGUGUACACGGACUGGAUGAUGGCACUGGUGUCACCCAGGGACUCGAUGCCUCAGCCUGUGGUCAAGGAGCCCAAUAUGUAUGUCCAGACCAUUCUGAAACAUCUCUAUAACGUCUUUGUACCAAGGCCUGAACAACAUAGUCUGAACCACAUCAGGCUUUGCCAGCAGGUUCUGACUGCAGUCCAGAAGCUGGCACGAGAGUCUGUUUCCAUGGUGAGAGAAACCUGGGAGGUGCUACUGCUCUUCCUGCUGCGCAUUAAUGACACAUUACUUGCACCGCCCACAGUUGGAGUUGGGGUAGCAGAAAAGCUGGCAGAGAAAUUAAUGGCGGUGCUGUUUGAGGUGUGGCUGCUGGCAUGUGCCCGCUGCUUUCCCACACCGCCAUAUUGGAAGACUGCAAGAGAGAUGCUGGCCAACUGGAGGCAUCACCCUCCUGUUGUAGAGCAGUGGAGCAGAGUGGCCUGUGCUCUGACUUCCAGACUUUUGCGGUUUACCCAUGGACCAUCCUUCCCACCUUUUAAAGUUCCUGAUGAGGAUGCCAGUUUGAUUCCUUUAGAGAUGGACAAUGACUGUGUGGCACAGACGUGGUAUCGCUUUCUCCACAUGCUCAGUAACCCGGUGGAUCUGAGCAACCCUGCAAUAGUGAGCACCACUCCAAAGUUUCAGGAACAGUUUCUCAGCUCCAGUAGUAUCCCCCAUGAAGUGGUAUUACAUCCAUGUUUGAAACAGCUUCCCCAGAUCUUCUUCAGGGCCAUGAGGGGCAUCAGCUGUCUCGUGGAUGCCUUCUUGGGUGUCUCUGUUGAAAAGAAAGAUGUACGGGAGAGGGUGUUCACUUUUUGUCCAGUGCAGCUCUCUCAUGGUAUAUCACGGCCCAGAGCUGACAGUGCUCCGCCCACCCCGGUCAACAGAAUGAGCAUGUCCCCACCACCCUCCAUCACCAACACCACGCCCCCUCACAGCCGCAAGCAGCGGCAUGCAGUGGUCACCAAGACUACAAGCAAGAGUUCAACUGGCAGUGGCAGUCAACCAACCAAAGCUUCCCAGCAGCAACAGCAGCAGCAAACUUCGUCCUCCCCAACCCUGCUGUCCAGCCCCAACCAGAGCAGUUGGGAGUCUCGGCCCCUGCCUGCCCCGGCACGGCCAAAGGUCAACAGCAUCCUCAACCUGUUUGGCCAGUGGCUUUUCGACGCUGCUCUGGUCCACUGUAAGCUCCACAGCGGCCUCAGCCGAGACCCCAGCAUGACCGCCUCUUUUAUCCAAAUUCUCCUUUCUUAUAAAUCUUCAAUAGCUACACAAGUGGGUCUGGAGCUGAGAAGGAAGGGUUCCCAAAUGUCCACUGACUCCAUGGUGUCCAACCCAAUGUUUGAUGCCAACGAGUUCCCAGAGAGCUAUGAGGCAGGGCGAGCUGAGGCCUGUGGGACUCUCUGCCGCAUCUUUUGUAGCAAGAAAACUGGAGAGGAGAUUCUGCCUGUUUACCUGUCCAGGUUCUACAUGGUCCUGAUUCAGGGUCUCCAGAUUUCUGAUUUCAUCUGUAGGCCAGUUCUGGCUUCUAUUAUUCUGAACUCUUCCUCACUCUUCUGCACUGACCUGAAGGGCAUCAAUGUGGUGGUGCCAUACUUCAUAGCUGCACUGGAGACUAUUGUGCCAGACAGGGAACUGUCCAAAUUCAAGAUGUAUGUAAAUCCUACCGACCUGAGGAGAGCCUCCAUCAACAUCCUGCUCGCCAUGCUGCCGCUGCCACACCACUUUGGCAACAUCAAAUCAGAGGUUCUGUUGGAGGGAAAGUUCAAUGAGGAGGAUGGAUGGCCUCAUGACCAGCCUGUCUCUUUCCUAUCGCUGAGACUACGUCUUGUUAAUGUCCUCAUAGGAGCGCUACAAACUGAGACUGACCCUACCAACACACAGCUCAUCCUGGGUGCAAUGUUAAAUAUUGUUCAGGACUCGGCAUUGUUAGAGUCCAUAGGUGCUCAGACUGAAACAGGAAGUCUAGAUGGGAGCCACGUGACAGUGAAGAGUCAGAGUCACAGCCGUACCAAUAGUGGCAUCAGCUUUACCAGUGGAGGCAGCACGGAGGCCACAAGCCCAGACUCUGAGCGCCCUGCUCAGGCUCUGCUCCGAGACUAUGCUCUUCCAGAUACCGCUGCAGGCCUGCUGGUGCGCAGCAUUCACCUGGUCACGCAGAGGCUCAACUCCCAGUGGAGACAAGACAUGAGCAUUUCACUUGCUGCCCUGGAGCUGUUGGCUGGGCUUGCCAAGGUAAAAGUGGGAGUAGACUCUGCAGACCGGAAACGUGCAGUCAGCUCUAUAUGUGGCUACAUCGUGUACCAGUGUAGCCGCCCAGCUCCUCUCCAGUCCAGAGACCUCCACUCCAUGAUUGUAGCUGCCUUCCAGUUUCUGUGUGUGUGGCUCACAGAGCAUCCUGACAUGCUGGAUGAGAAGGAUUGCUUGGUAGAGGUGUUGGAGAUUGUGGAGCUGGGAAUCUCUGGCAGCAAGUCCCGACAGGAUCAGGAAGUACGACAUAAAGGGGAGAAGGAGCACAACCCCGCUUCAAUGAGGGUGAAGGAUGCUGCUGAGGCAACUUUAUCCUGUAUCAUGCAGGUGUUAGGGGCUUUCCCAUCUCCCAGUGGGCCUGCCUCCACAUGCAGCCUGCUGAAUGAAGACACCCUGAUCCGCUAUGCCCGACUCAGUGCCACAGGAGCCAGUAACUUUCGUUACUUUGUGCUGGACAACUCUGUCAUCCUUGCGAUGCUUGAGCAACCUCUUGGGAAUGAGCAGAACCCCAGUCCAUCAGUGACAGUUUUGAUUCGGGGGACAGCAGGCAGACAUGCUUGGACCAUGCAGCUUUUCCAUCAGCCAAGAGGAGCUCGUGCCAAUCAGAGGCAGGUGUUUGUUCCAGAGGGUCGUCCAACCCCUAACAAUGGCGUAGGGAUCAAGUACAGCGUCAAGCAGAGGCCUUUCCCAGAAGAGGUGGAUAAGAUCCCUCUUGUCAAAGCUGAUGUCAGUAUUCCUGACUUGGAUGACAUUGUCAGUAAGGAGCUUGAGGUGCAGCACGACAAGCUUCGUGUUCUGAUGACCAAGCAGAUAGAGUAUGAGAACACCUUGGAGCGUCACAGUGAAGAAAUCUGGAAGUCCAAGCCUUUCCCUGACCCACAGACAGACUGCAAACCCCCUGCACCCUCGCAGGAGUUCCAGACAGCACGACUCUUCCUCUCCCACUUUGGCUUUCUGUCUCUGGAGGCGCUGAAGGAACCCAACAACAGUCGUCUACCUCCUCAUCUGAUUGGCCUGGAGUCAUCGUUACCAGGAUUUUUUGAUGACAUCAGCUACCUGGACCUGCUUCCCUGCCGGCCGUUUGACACUGUUUUUAUUUUCUAUGUGAGGGCUGGACAGAAAAGCAGCCCUGAGAUCCUGAGGAAUGUUGAGUCAUCAGCUAGCGUCCAGCCCCACUUUUUGGAGUUCCUGUUGUCCUUGGGCUGGCCUGUGGACGUGGGACGUCACCCAGGGUGGACAGGACACCUGGACACCAGCUGGUCCCUGAAUUCCUGCUCUGACAGCAAUGAUAUACAACAAGCAGAGGAAGCAGCUUCUCCUGAGGACACAGGAGGUUCCACGUUCAAUGGGGAGAAGAAAGUAUUGUACUAUGCUGAUGCCCUUACAGAGAUAGCUUUUGUUGUCCCGUCACUUACAGAAAAUUCUGAGGAGUCUUCAGUGCACAGUGACUCUACAGUGGAGGCUGAUACCAACACAGAGCUCAUGCCUGGUAUACUCAAACAGCCUAAUCUCACACUGGAACUGUUCCCCAACCAUUCUGAAAACCUGGAAUCUGCCAAAAAGCUGAGUCCUCUGGUGAAGACAAAGAGAUCAUCGACUGGAAAGUCUUUCCCACAACUAGGGCCUGAGACAAAGGUUUUUGUGGUGUGGGUUGAGCGCUUUGAUGAUAUUGAGAACUUCCCAUUGACUGAUCUCUUGGCGGAAACCAGCACGGGCUUGGAAGCUAGCAUGAGCAACAGCACUUCCUGCAGGUCAGGGUUAUUAGAGAAGGAUGUUCCUCUGAUCUUCAUCCACCCUCUGAAGACAGGACUCUUCAGGAUCCGGCUGCAUGGAGCUGUGGGCAAAUUUGGCAUGGUGAUUCCCCUGGUGGAUGGCAUGGUGGUCAGCCGCAGAGCUCUAGGGUUCCUUGUGCGUCAAACAGUCAUCAGCCUGUGCCGACGGAAGCGCCUGGAAAGUGACUUGUACAACCCUCCUCAUGUGAGGCGGAAGCAGAAAAUCACUGAGAUCGUCCAGCGUUACCGCAACAAGCAGCUGGAGCCUGAGUUUUACACCUCACUCUUCCAUGAGGUGGGGGAGGGAAGGCCUCACCUCUAACCCCCUGUCCUGUCCUAACACUGGCUCACAAGCGCACACUACACACACACACACACACACACACACACCCUUCUAUAUACCAUUUAAAAAUGUGCGUACACACACUCAUACAUCUACACAGAAUCUUUAUAUUUAUACUGUACUAUUUUGUUAUUUAUAUGAACACGUAUAUCAACACUGUUUGCCUUUGACUCCGAGAUCAAAGUGUCAAAAACCAUGCCAAGGUGGAAAAAAACUACAUUUGUGUGUUGCAGCCUCUCACUGAAGAUCUGAAUGGCUGAAGUUCAACAGUGACCAUCUCUCCUUGUUUAGGUUCACGCUUUGUGGCAAAAGAGUCUCUGCUUGUCUUUAACUGCAAUACAAUAGUUACACUGUUGGCCUUUCUGAACAUGUAAAAAAAAAAAAAAAAAAAAAAAGGUUUGUUGUUUAAAUCUUGUGAUAUGAAUGAAUUUCAUGAACUUUGGAAAUACAGAGUUCAACUCCAGAUCUGCAUAUCUGUUUUUGUUUCAAUCGGACAGAUUGAAUGGUUGAAUUUUUUUGCCAAGGAGAUAAACAUCACACAAAGGUUUUCUAACGGCUUCAGGGCUGGCGGCUUCAAGAAAACAUUGUUGUCACGUGGUCUUGUUUUAUAACAAAUUGUCAUCUACAUCCAGAUACCUGCUUUAGUCUUCCUAGUGUGAACACACAUUAACACACAUUCAGCCAUAGCACACACAUAUUGUUUAUGUUUUUUUCCCCACACAUUUGUUUGGAAUUCCUGAGUUGUUUUAAUGUAUGGAUAUAGUUUUUGACACCAGUUCUCUGUGCCAGGCCAUCCCAUUGCACAACCGCCACUACACUGUGUGCGUGUGCGCGUGUGUGUGUAUGGCCACAUGCUUGUUAAGCCAGUCACUUGACACUACAAGGAGUCACAGACGCCUAAAACCCACAUAUAGGGCAUUGAAAGAUGAAUUCAACACGACACAGGUUUGAACUGUUCAAAAUGGCUAGAUUGGCUGGUUUUGCUUGCUUGGUGCUUGGUAAUCCUUGAGUUUACUAAUGGUGAGCGCCGUUACCGCUCCUGGAAUUUGCGCUUGAAGUUUUUGGGGCGAAUUUAACAUUUUAGGUUUGAAGUCUCUGCCAACACCAAACAGAACCAUAGCACAGUUUUAAGUCUUCAAACAAACCCUUUACCAUAGAUUCAAAUGCCAAAAUACUCAAUGAAGCUAACUAGCGAAUUGUAUAGCUUUCAUAUUGGCUGAUCAAAGUUGUCAUUUUUAAAAUUGUAACCCCAGGAAGAGAAUAUUCAACUUGUCCUUUAUAUUCAGUUUGACUUACUUAUUAUUUUUGCUUUACAAAUUAUUUUACUAUUGUUUACUCACUGUACUUUUGAUUUGAUUCAGGCCCUCUCACUGUUUGCCUGUAACAAUGUGAAUUUAUUUAUCACAGCGAUGGAACAGGGCAACCACCUCUACGUUUCUUUGUUAUAUCAAAAAGUCUUAAUGCACUGAGCACAUUUUAUGUUUAUUUUCUAUUCUCUUUGGUUACCUUACAUGUCCUUUUGUACUUUUGUGCAUUUUGGAAGAAAACCCCUGCUGAAGGAAGAGUUUUAUCUUGUGAAAUACGAAUGAAGAAGAGCCGUUGUGGAGUUUUUAACCUAUCAUGUCUAAUUGUGACUCACUUUUUAUGACCGUGCUGUAUGCACAUGCCUUUUUUGGGAAGGAAAUUACAUUAAAUAUGCUUAAAAGAAAAUACAUACAAUCACUCAACGCAUUGUAUCUUGUUACUCCUCUGAUGUCUGAUCAUAUUUAAGGAUUUGCCAUGUACAGAAGCGGAAGAUAAUAUGUAAAUAUAUGAUAGUGUAAGGCAUUUACAAGUUGUCCUUUGCAUUCCUUGUCAGAGAUGGCAGAAAAGUUAUGUAUGUAAGCAAUUAUGUGUGGGAGGAACGCAAUGGGUAUUGAAUGUAACAUGCAUCAAUUAAAACUAUUAUUGACAUUUUA